UGAAAUACAAGCCAUGGUCGACGUGUCGAGAUAUUCUAGGUGAGGCAACUAUCGAUCUUCUUGAAGCAAUAUGGCGUCUAGAUCAUUAUCAUUGCCCAUUCGACAUCGUUGGCGCAUGAGUUGUUACUUUAUGCCUCGGAAAGGUGAUCCCAAAUAUCAUCCCAAAACGCAAAGGGCGCAAAACCACCUAGUUCAAAAUGGUGAUACUGCAGAACUAGUAAGCCAUAGAUUAUUACUGGACUUGGGCUUUAUCAAGCCGGCUGACAAAGCGCCUGGCAUGUAUCACUACCUCCCCAUGGCCAUGAGAUCGAUGGACAAGUUAAUGGGCCUAAUAGACGCCGUCAUGAUGAAGUAUGAUUGCCAAAAGGUACAACUACCAACCUUGACAUCCUCACAUCUUUGGGAGAAGUCUGAGCGUUUGGAUUCGAUGGGAAAAGAGCUCAUGAAAGUGAAAGAUCGCCGUGACAGGGAAUUUGUCUUGAGUCCCACUCACGAAGAAGUCAUCACACGAAUGAUUGGGAGUGGUCCCCCCCUUCCCCGCAAGGAGCUCCCGGUCAAGCUUUACCAAAUUACCCCCAAAAUUCGGGAUGAGAUGCGCUGCAAAUUCGGGCUCAUCAGGAGUCGAGAAUUCAUCAUGAAAGAUCUCUACACCUUUGAUCUUAGCCAAGAGAAUGCCAUGGAAACGUACGAGACCAUGAACGAAGCCUACAACGAGUUCUUCCAACUUCUAAAUGUGCCGUUUGUGAAAGUGGUGGGUAAGAGUGGCAACAUGGGGGGAGACUUGUCACACGAAUAUCAAUUGCCCAGCAAGAUCGGACAAGACAAUCUCCUUAUUUGUGGGGCUUGUCACCGGGGUAAAAAUGCCGAAGUGAGCACGUCGCUAUCGGACCCGACUUGUGAUCAAUGCAAAGGAACCCAUCUAUGGCAACAGCACAAGGGCAUCGAAGUCGGGCAUACCUUUUACCUUGGUCGGCGGUAUUCUCAGUCCUUAGGAGCUAUGGUGAAUCCGGGCAACGGGAAACCCAUACCCGCGGAAAUGGGCUGUUAUGGCUUAGGGGUGUCACGAAUUUUUGCCGCAUCGCUUGAGGUCCUCCAAACCUGUCCCACGAAAUUGUCAUGGCCGAAACUGAUCGCCCCCUUCACCUUAGUUAUCUUGGCGCCCAAGAAAGGGAGCAAAGAAUAUGCGCAUUUCCAAGACAUCCUCGAGUUUUACGACGAUGUCAACUCCAGACUAUUACCUAAUGAUGUGAUGUUAGAUGACCGCGAUAAUCUCACCAUUGGCAGAAAACUGGACGAGGCCAAAACGAUCGGAUUCCCGUACAUUGUGGUCUUUGGCAAGACCUUCUUCAACGCCGAUAAUCCAGAGUUAGAGCUAUAUUCGGCGGAGACGGAUACAACUAUGAUGCUUAGCCCAGAGGCUGUCAAGAACUUCUUAAACAGGGCGAAUUCAGAACGUUGUCCCAAUCUCUCCCUAUAGUGACCUGAGUCCCAGAGACGUGGCCAUCAUCAGAGAGGUCUACGACAAUGACAAUUGCGAGGAAAUCUUCCAAAUGGAACUGGAGAAGGCUCUUCAAGUGGGUUGUCGAACCAUC